AUGCCAGACAGUGUGGACCCCACAUUCAUCAAGCGCUUAGAGCCAGUGGAGUUGGAGGGUGUCCCUUUGCUUAUUGACACUGUAGAAAACUGGGCUAAAAUAAAAGAAUUCCAAGCACAGCCAGAUGACCUUCUUCUCUGCACCUAUCCUAAAGCAGGGACCACUUGGAUCCAAGAAAUUGUGGACAUGGUCCAGCAGAGAGGUGAUGUCCAGAAAUGCUCUCGGGCUCCUGUGUACCAACGAAGUCCCUACCUGGAAAUGUUCCCCCCCAAACCCCUGCGCUCAGGCUUGGAAGAAGCAGAAGGAAUGCCUUCUCCACGGACGUUGAAGACUCACUUCCCAGUCCAGCUCCUGCCCUCUUCCUUCUGGGAACAGAAAUGCAAGAUAAUUUAUGUAGCCAGGAACAUCAAAGACAACGCUGUCUCCUUCUUCCACUUCCAUCGCAUGAACCUAUUGUUGCCAGAGCCAGGACACUGGGAUGAUUUUCUGAAAAACUUUGUUGCUGGAAAAGUUGCUUAUGGCUGCUGGUUUGAUCAUGUUCGUGGCUGGUGGGAGGCUAAGAAAAAUCAUCCAAUUCUGUAUCUUUUCUAUGAAGAUAUCAAAGAAGACCCGGCUCGGGAAAUCCAGAAAGUAGCCCAAUUCUUGGACAUAAAGCUUUCAGAACCGGUUCUAAAACAGAUUGUGCAUCAGACAACCUUUGAGAGCAUGAAAGAAAACCCAAUGACGAACUACAGUACUAUGCCUUCCUCUAUCUUAGACCAACGAGUGUCACCAUUCUUGAGAAAAGGAACUGUAGGAGAUUGGAAGGAGCAUUUCACAGUGGCCCAAAGUGAAUGGCUAGAUGAUAUCUAUGCCCAGAAAUUAAGAAGAGCUGAUCUGAGCUUCCGCACACAAAUCUAA